AUGCCGUCCUCUCUAGCAUCUCGAAGCUCCGGGCCGUUCGAACCCUUUGCCCGCAAGGGACGGCCCUCUGUGCAGAUCACCCUCAGGGACGAGCUGCCGCAGCCGAAAAUCAACACCUACACCACUCGCGAUACCAUCAAGGGAGAGGUGACCCUCAGCGCUGAGACUGACAUUCGAUUCGAUCAAGUUGCCAUCUCUUUCGUUGGCUCUACCAGGACCAUGAUCGAGCGGCCAGGAUACGCCGGUCCCACGGUCGGGCAAUCCUCUGCGUUCCAUACCUUCCUGCGACUCGUGCAGCCCAUUGAAGAUUCACAAUACCCCCAGCCCAGGAUUUUCGAAGCAGGCCGCAAGUACACGUUCCCAUUCACCUUUGUCGUUCCCGAGCGCUUGCUUCCUAGCUCCUGCAAGCAUCCUGUCAACCAUGUCCAAGUGCAAGCAGCCCAUACCCAUCUCCCACCGUCUCUCGGCGAUCCCAUGCUUGCCGGCCGCGGCUCCAAGCUGCUCGAUGAUAUGUGCCCGCAAAUGUGCCAGACCCAGUAUCAGAUCCGCGUCAAAGUGCAGAAGCUUGCUCCGUUUGACUCCGUGCCCAGGACCCUCGUCGACACGGGCAAGAAAAUCCGCAUCAUUCCCGCCACUGACGAGGAGCCCCCGCUGGAGGUCUCCGCUGAUAGCGAGGAGUUCUGCAUGCGCGCGGAAAAGGAUGCGAAGAAGGGUGCGCUGCGGAAAAAGUUUGGUCGCAUCGCCGUGGCAGCGGCCCAGCCGAAAGCUUUCCGCCUGCCACCUGUUCUCUCAGAAGACGACCCGUCGACUACGAUGGCAACUCUUCACCUCCGCUUUGACCCAGACAACGAGCACCAGAAGCCCCCCCGGCUGGGCUCCCUCUGGACAAAACUCAAGGCCAACACCUUCUACUCCGUCCAGCCCUGGUCUGAUUUCCCCAGCCGCUCCGCCAAACUAACCUGGAACCACCACCGCGGCGUCUACACCGACACACUCUCUCUCGCAUCCCGCUGCGUCGCCUCCGCGUCCUGGGAAAAGCACACCAGCCCACCUUCCUCCCCGUCCUCCUCCUCCUGCACCAGCAGCCGCCGCUCCUCCAUCCAAUCCACCUCCACAUCCGCCUCCCUCCCGGGUCCCACCGCCUGCUUCUCCGGCAACACAUACUACACCGCCACCCUGCUCGUGCCCAUCUCCCUCCCCCCGCAAAAGGCCUACGUGCCCACCUUCCACUCCUGUCUCGCCUCGCGCACCUACUCCCUCGACAUCUCCCUCUCCUACACCCCGAACGGCACCAGCUCCUUCGCGGCACGCCAGACCAUCGCGCUGCGCAUCCCCGUGCAGAUUGCCAGUGCCGAGAGUCUGUCCGCGGUGCUCGCGCGCGCGCAGGAGGUGGGCGUGCAAGGCGAGGAAGGGGAGGAAUUCUUCACGCCCCGGAUCAUCACCCCGCCGCGAGCGGAGUUUGUGGAGCAGGCGAGACUCGAUGGGUUGAGUAUGUCGUCUGGUUCGGCGCCGGUGGAGCCGCCGGAGUAUGCAAACGUGCCGAGAUCGGGGGCAAUGGCGGCUGCAUUCUAA